AUGGGGCUCUUCGACUGGUACCCUUUCAUUCGCAAGAAGGGCUACAACCCUACUGUUCUAUACCAAUCAGUCCUAGCCUCCCUGACAACAGGCACACGUCGCUUUGAUGUGAUGGCCAACUGCUUUCCCGUCAUCCAACAAGCCUACUCGAACCAGAACUUGCCUCCGGAUGAUGCGCACAGGAUUUUGGAAAACGACAUUAAACGAUUUGGCGACCCACUCAACAUGCGUUUAUACAUUGACGGCGAUCAGGCAGAGGAAAAAAUGGAUAUAGCCAAGGCACGAGACGCAAAGCGACACAAGGCCCUGAACCGGACGGAAAAGAGCAUCAAGGUUUUCGAGGAGAGACUGAACAGCAAUUUGAGGGUCAGGAAACGACACCUCACUGACGUCAAGGCUGGACUCAAGUCGUCUUUUCACUGGUCGUUGAGGAGUCGCCAGGAGUUUGCCAACUACAUGCGGCACCGCGGUUGGACUGUUAUCGUUUGCAGGACGGAGGCUGAUCUUGCUAUUGCUAUGGAUGCUCAGGGCAUUGACGUCAUUAUCUCGAAGGACAGUGAUAUGAUGGCGUAUCAAUCAGUCACGACCCUCUGGCGUCCAGUCUCCAAUAACCUUAUCCUCGUUUACAAGCCUCCCGAUGUCCUCGCAACUCCUGACGCCCGAGAGAUUGUCGCUGCCUACCUUACCCACGGCCAAGUCGUGGUGAAAAACACGAAAGAGGAGACAUUCGAGAACUCGAUCCGGGUGUUCAUUCUUUUACAGCAAGAGCCAAUCCAGCCUUUAGUCCAAGAGCCGCAAGCCCUGCAGCUCUUCCGUGUAUUGCAGCACAGGUUCAACGAACUUUGCAUCAAGCACCAAUCCAUAAAAAAUAUUCGAGCGGCAGGAGUCAAAGAGAGGCCCAAGGAUGACAUUGUACGGCUACCCUCGCCAAAGACCUUCAACCGGUACCGGACGGUCGAGUCACCCGCUGCUAUCUCCAAGACAAAGACCGUCACUACACCGCAACCUGCGCGUGGUCCUUCACAACAAAUCUCUUCUGAUUCCAGUCCAUCUCAACAGUCUACUUCUGUGAUGUCUGCCCCAGAUGCUGACGGCCAUCCACCCUUAUCAAGGACACGGAUCCCGCGGAACCGAGGACGAUUCUCGUUCAAGGAGAGAACCCGCAAGGUUGUCCAUGCUCCACCUCCCAAGGCUAAGCAAUUCAAACUGAAGUUUUACCAAGAACGACCGGAGACUGUCAACCCCACCCCAGCCAAAAAGACGAUGUCAAAGGCCAACAAACCACCACAACCCAACAUGAAACCGAUCGCCGACAAGGACAAGAGGGGAUUAUUGCGAUCUCUUUCUUGGCACCAUCCUACCGCAUGGCUGGAAAUUGGCACCAUGGAGGCGAAUGUUGGACGUGUAUCAGGAGAUGGAGCAACACUCGGAAACCCGGAAAUCCCACUGAAUCUUAACAUUGUGCAGCAGGAAGUGGUGGAUUGCCUACAGGAGGCUGUCCAAUCAGCAGCGACUGUCAAACGGAAUGCCCAGCGGCUGAUCGGAGAGUUUGUUGAGACAUUGGCUGUCAGGAUGCACGCCGCAGAGGAGACGAAGAGGGCAGAGUUGCAGAAGCUCUCCCCGCCAAUGACCAUGACCAACGUCGAGCGUUGCAAAGCCAAGCGCGAUGCUGUCACAAAGGACGAGCGAGAAAUCCUUACCCAUCUAUGUGUGCGUAUCAAACCCAAUGCUGCCGACAAGGAGCAACAGGAUGUUGAGCAGAAGGAGGAGGACAACACCGACCUGGACGACAAGGGCAAUCUCGAGCAACAAUUUCUGCGGCCUUUCCUGGCAUAUCUCUAUUCCGGGAACUACCCGAGUAAAACAGGAGUGGGUGUCGUUGUGAACAAGCUCAUUGACUGGUCGACAGAUCACGGGUUCCAUCACCCUAUUCGGGAUAGGAGAGACCUCAACGAGACUAUGCCGUUCACCCCUUCCAUGCUUGUCCGCUCUGUCUCAGUACAACUCGCAGUCGAAUUACAGCGGAUCUAUGGACAUGGCCCCCAUGACCUUCACAAGCAGGCCACAGCUAUGGUGGAGAAACAUUUAUUGCCACCAGAGGCCGACAUUGGUAUACAGGACGACAUCUCCGCUGUUGAGAACUUUCUUCAACUAAAUCGAAUCACUGGCAACAGGCGUCGGAUUAUCCCUCUCACCUCGUUCGAAAUCGCUCAAGACGCGACUUACGGAUCUGGUUGCAGAGGAUGGAUCUCCUGCCAAUGGCUUCAACUUCCGGCCUACAAGCUCCGUGAGUUGCAAUCAGUACGGUACCGUCGGUUGGAACCUACCAAGCUGCCACCCAAGCUGACGUCUACGGUUGGAGGCACAGACUACUAUCUCCAAGAAAUCCGGCGUGUGAUAACCUGCAAGGAGGAUAUCGAGAAGCUUUGGCCAGGUGUCCCUGUCGAAAGGAUCAAGACUUUGACAUUGGACGGUGGACAAGUAUGCGUUAUUGGUGCCUUCGCGGAUCUUGCAGAGGACGUGUUGAGCCAGUCUAAGGGCAAGGAUAAUGCGAACGAGUCAUCUAUGGAAGACGUCACCACCACCACCACCGUCGCCACUACCACCGCCACCGACAAUCAGCAAUCGAUUAAUGCAACUACCGCCGUAUCGACCAAAGUCCCCAUCCCGUUGCCACAGUCACAAGGGUUACCUACCUUCUCGUCCAGGACAACAUUUCUGAACCUGGCUGUCAAACAGAAAGCCGUUUACCAACCUACGUUCAGAUUCCGGCGCUGGCUUGAGGACGCAAUGCAAGAGCAGGUCUCUGUAGAUGGACAGCAGGUAUCGAUAUCCGACAUCGAGUCUCGACUUCCGCCCCUCAAAGGCCAAGGCUCGAGCGUGAUCAACUAUGUCCAGGAGCUGAAGCGGGUGGAGGAGUGUCUCCAGAAGUUUUAUGCUGGCUCGGGAAAUCUGUACAAGCGGCAGAAGUGGGACAUGGAGAGGGCCCGCGAUUAUGAGUACCAGCUUAUCGCAAAUCGGCUCCCUGGGAUCGUGGGAGGAAGUCUUGGCGAGCGAUAUGACCCAUCAAAUCCAGUUCUCAUUGGCGUCGGUCUUGGGAACUUCUCUAUCACGAGCGGACUGUCAGCCCUCAACUCGACCUUUCUCAGCUACUUCAUUCAAAAGGUAACCAUUGCCUUGAAAGUGUCCAUUAGCGGAGAGUACCCCUUUAUGGGUCUCCGUGUGGCCCGCUCUCUCGGUUACAUUAUCGUCGGUCUGAACGAGUACUACACGAGUAAGAAGUGCCCUCACUGCGGCCACUUUGUCGCCCAGGUCACUCUCCGCCGCUUCUACUGCCCCGAGUGCCAAGUGUAUCAUCAUCGCGACGUUAUGGCAGCCGAGAAUAUGGCGAACAUUGUGCGUGGAUAUCUGGAAAAGCAAGAGCGGCCUGAGUAUCUACACCCCGUAGCCGCUGACGGCUCUCUCCCAUGGAUGGCAAAAGCCGGCGCUGGACCCGCUACAAGUUCCACCGCCGCCUCCUCCAGCAGCAACACCACCACCGCCAUCAAUCGACCAAAGGGAUCGCGCAAGAGGGCAGCUUCGACCUCCAGCUCAAGUCGGGGUCGUCGUGGGAAGGUGGCUCAAGAGGAUUUAUGGAGCAGCUAUACAUAG